GAGGGCACCUUAGCCAGGGUCCCGCACACUUUCAGUGGGCUCCGAGGACCGGGCCAGCUCCAUGUGGAAGAUCUCCUAGCUGUGGCUGCGUGGCUAAUCCACCUUCACAGCCCCAGCAGUCAGAUUAGAGUCCCUCUGGAAGCAGCUUCAAGGAAUACGCCAGGAACACAGAGUCUCAAUGUCUUCGCUGAUGUUCCUUUGAUGUGCCCCCAAAUCUCUGACCACGUCACUCUGGACCCCUGAUGCGGCUGCCCGAGCAACCUGGAGAUGGGAAGGCUGAGAAUGAGACAAAGGGGGACCAAGAAAGCCCCGAAGGGGGAGAGGAGCCACGGAGAAGCCCAGCCCCUGACUUCCCCACCUGGGAGAAGAUGCCGUUCCACCAUGUGACCGCUGGCUUGUUGUACAAGGGGAAUUACCUCAACCGAUCUCUGUCGGCAGGCAGCGACAGCGAGCAGUUGGCGAAUAUCUCUGUGGAAGAACUGGAUGAAAUCCGAGAAGCCUUUCGUGUUCUGGACAGAGAUGGGAACGGCUUCAUUUCCAAGCAGGAGCUGGGUAUGGCCAUGCGCUCUUUGGGGUACAUGCCGAGUGAAGUGGAGCUGGCUAUCAUCAUGCAGCGUCUGGACAUGGAUGGAGACGGGCAGGUGGAUUUUGAUGAAUUCAUGACAAUUCUUGGGCCCAAGCUGGUGUCAUCAGAAGGUCGUGAUGGUUUCCUUGGAAAUACGAUAGACAGCAUCUUCUGGCAG